AUGCAGGUGGAAUUUUCUGGAGAAAUUAGACAUUCUGUAAAUAAAAAUAUAAGUGCAAAAGCACAUUCAAAAAUAGACAAGCACAUAAAAUUUUUUACUUUUAUUUUCCCUAUUGUUUAUGUGAUAUUUGCUGAACAUUAUAUUAGACAUUUACAAAUUUUAGCAAUUAUUUUUGCAAUACUUUUGAUAAGAGAAACUAUAGAUCUUCUGCCGUAUUUUUCCAUUUUUUGCAACUCUUUAAUAAUCCUUCAGCUAUAUUUUAUUGGCUUUAUUUCUUCAAUAUUCCUUUUAGGAGACCUUAUGGAUAAUUCCAUGGUGAUAACUAUGCUAUCAGUAAUUAUAGGUCCGUUAUCAGCUAUUUUUGUAAUUCAAUUUUCCCUUAAACUUCAAAGAAACUUUUCUUGAACUAUUCCUACAGACUUUAUAAAUAUAGAAUCUCAAUAUAUUUUAGAAAAAUCUCUUAGAUAUGCUCUAUGCUCAAAUGAUGCAGAACAUAAAGAUCAAAUAAUCAGGGCUUUUGAAAAUUUUUUUAUACAAAAAGGUUUAAAUGGGAAUAAGCUUCAAGCUAUAUGAGCAGCGAAUUACUGUUUAUAUACAUUAAAAGAGGAAUCCUUAGCCAAAAUCAAGCUCAGCAAAACCAAACAUAUUGUAGACUGAAGCUUAGAGUCCAAUUAUCAAGAAUAUUUAUGCCAAAAAAAUAUAUCAAAUACUUCCCUAUCUGAAGGCUCGCAAUUUUCUGAUUAUUUUCUUCAAAGCAUUUUAGUUAAAAAUGAAGAAAAACAAUUAUGCACAAAUUUACUUAUUUUUUGAAGUGAAAUUACUUCACGUCAGCCUAAUCUUCAAAAAUUAAGAAGGAAACUUUAUUCAAUUGAAGAUGAAAUUUUAUUUUUAAACACGAAAUAUAACCAGCUAAUUACCGAAUUCCCGAAUUCUAAAAGUUUAUUAUCUCUUUACCAUUCAUAUUGCAGAGAUAUUAUUUAUAAUGCAGAAAAGUCAUUUUUCCUUGAAGCUAAGCUAAGAUCUAUUGAUAAAGAUCUUACAAAUUUUUUGGGCGAUUCUAAAGAAUUUAGCCUAUUUAAUGAAAAUAUUGGAAUCCUUAUAAUUUCUAAUGAGGAUAGUAAUUUUGGUGAAAUACUAUAUGCAGAACAAAAAUCAGCAGAAUAUUUAAAACUCCCUCUUGGCAGCAUUAAAAAUGACAAUAUUUCAAAUUUUAUUCAUCCUUAUUAUAAAGAAAAAUUCAAGGAAGACUCAAAACGGUUUAUCCAGUAUAGCUCAUCAUCAGAAAUAGACUUAACUAAAGGAUUUUUUUUAGCAAAAGAUGCACAAGACUUAUUGCAGCUCGAAGGGAAAAUGCUACUUACCUCAAUAAAUGGCCAACUUGUCGCUAUUCUGGUUUUUAAGCCAAAAAAUGUUAAAAACGAAAUAGCGCUAUUAAAUGAGGAAGGAGAAAUCAUUUGCCACUCAAAUAAUUUCCCAAAGUCUGUAGGAAAAUCUGAAGGUUUAGUUGGAUUUGAACUAAAAAAUUUAUUUUCUAAUUCAGAAGAUUUUAAAUUACAGCUGAACACUCCCUACUAUUUAUCAAACCUAAACAGAUUUUUAAUGCUCUCAUAUUCAGAAUUUUACAAAUUCAAAAUACCCUAUGUGGUCUUGGCAAAUGAUAGCCGAGAAAUUAUAAAAAGGGGGAAUAAUGAAAACAAGCAAGGCAAUAAUGAAAAAAUUGAGGAAGCAGCGAAUUAUUUGUCAGUGGACUUAUCAGGAUUUAUAGACUCAGAUAAAACUUAUAGCUUACUAAAUAAAGAAAACCAAAAUUUAGAUGACGAUUUAAAUUCAAAAAUGGAAUUGCAAAAUUUUCCAAAUGAUGAUCCUAGUAAAAAUGCUGACUCAGGAUCUGACAAGCGUGGCAGUGAAAAUUCUAUGGUAUCGGUAGGCACUCAUCAGAAGAAGGUUCUCUACUUAUUCCUCCUAGAGUAGCUUUGCUCGCCAGACAAAAUGUUUUUUUGUAUUUUUGAAGAAAAAAAACACUAUUAAAAAAUAAUAAUAAUAAUUUUAAGAUAAACUAUAUUUUCGAAUAAAAAAUUAUUGAAAGAAAUUUUCUCCAAAAAUAAUGAUAUUGCCAAGGGAGUUAAUAAAAUCUUCAUCAAGGUCAAUCAAUAUUCUCCACUUUGCUUUUGUUUUUUCGGUAAUUUUUAUAUAGAUUUUAACUGUUGUAGCUUUCAACAUCAUAGUUUUAAACCAUGCUUUUUCCAAUAUAAAUUUUAUCAGCGACAUGAGCCUUCCUAUUAACAUAGGAAAAGCAGCGAAAAAUUUGCAGAGAAUUACAUAUGUUUCUAAUUUAUUUGUAAAUCUGCCAUACACUCCUGAUAGCCCAUAUUUAAAGCAAAUGCUUAAUGAUAUUGUGACUUGUUUAACAGAAUUAGAGAAUACCUAUUCAGACAUAACCACAAAUUUAAAAAAAUGAAAUUAUUGCUCAGGUCAAGACAUUUUAACUGGCAAAAAUUUAUAUUUGUGAAAUAAAGAUGAUGGGAUUUAUAAAAAAUCAAGUUUAAUCGACACAAUAGGGAUUUUUAUUAAAAUUGUAUAUUUUAUGCAGGGAAACCAAAUAUUAAACAAAAUAACCAGAUCAGAGAUUACAACUAUAGACGAUUUUUCGUUUUUGAUAUUAAAUGGGUAUGGGGGAGCUCUUCACUAUAGCAAUAGUUCGUUUUAUGAUAUUAUAGACUGCCAAAAAGCCAUGAUGGGCGACUUCAAAAUUGAAAUGACAAUUUUUUUGAGUUUAGGAGUAGCCGUGCUCUGUAUCUGUAUAAUUAUGAUAAUUCCCUUUUAUUUUUCGAUCCUUAAAAUUGAAAAUACCCUUUGAAACAAUAUAAGGAAAAAAGCCUAUCAGAGAUACUUUGAACUUAAGCAAACAAUUUUUGAGAGGCUAAGAGAUGUUCACUCUCAGCCAACUAUUGAGCUUAAUGACCGGCAUCAAUCUGACAAGGCAUUUUCUUUUAAAAGCUACUGAAAUUAUAUAAUUUAUUGAAUUAAAUUCUGAUAAAAAAUAAAAUCCGAUACUCAAUAUAGAAAAAAUUCUUUAAAAUAUUUUUUUUUUUAAAUCAGUGUGACAGUUUAUAUAUAUGAAGAGUUUUAAUAUACAUGGCCGCUGUUUUUAUAUUUUCAAUUGUAAAUAUUAGCUAUCUUUAUGAUAAAUGUGCAGAUUAUCUGUUAUAUAGGCCUGAAGUAUUGAAAAACUUAAUAAAUUUACAAAUUGUAUAUACAAGCUUGGGCAUAUGGACAAAUGCGGCUGCAUAUGAGGUUUUAGGAUGGCCCAUGUGGUACCAAUUUCCAUAUUCUUAUCCUUUUGAAAAUAGUAAAGAAAUAUUUAAUGAAAUUAUUUCAAAAAUUAUCUAUUCAAACUCCGCCAUCCACAAAAAAGAAUAUUCUCCUAUUUUGUCUCAUACCUUUAAGCACAUUUUUUAUGAAAGUAAUCAGGGCUUUUUUACAGAUAUUUUCAAUUUGGGGGUAUAUACAUCAAAGUCAAAUAUAAUAAAUGAAGCAAAUUUGAUCUCUAAUAAUUUGGCUCCACAAGAUGUGUGGUGGAAUUUAAUGUCCUCUCUUCAAGAAUUAGACAGCAAAUAUAAUUCCUAUAUUGAUGAAAUUGAUAAGCACUCAAAGAAAGUAAUUAAUGACCAAAUGCAAAUUAUCGUGAUCGCUUUGACUGUUUUUAUUAUCUUUACUUUGAUUUUAUAUUUUGGGUUUUAUUUGGUAUUUUUUUGGGGUGAAAAAAAAUAUUUGAAGAAAAUAAAUUCAGUGAUGGAGAUUAUGCCCUAG